AUGGCAAAGACACAGCAGCCAGAGUUCCCUAUCCAAAUAAACCUUGGAGCUGCCCUCGGCACCUUCUUCAAAUCACAGCUCUUCGUGACUCCACCUUAUCCAGAGGCCUCAUUCACUGGCAAGACCGUUAUUGUCACAGGUGCUAAUAGCGGACUAGGGCUCGAGGCAGCUCGCCAUUUCUAUCGCCUCAAUGCAACAAAAGUGAUCCUUGCCGUUCGCACUGUGUCCAAGGGCGAAGCCGCCAAGGAGGAUAUCCUCACCAGUGUCAAGACAAGGAACGAUACCAACGCAAUUGAAGUUUGGUCACUUGAUCAAGCCAAGACGUCUUCGACACUCGCGUUUUCCGAGCGUGCACAUACGGAAUUGUCCCGCGUGGAUGCCGCCGUGCUGAAUGCUGGUAUCAACACCAAGAAUUUCAAACUAGUCGAAGGAUAUGAGCACGUGACACAAGUCAACGUACUCAGCACGUUUAUGUUGGCAUUGGCGCUGUUGCCCAAGCUCCUAGACACGAAGACCCGGUUUCUGGAAUCAACGCCUCAUUUGACCAUUGUUAGCUCGGAGGCACAUCACUUGACCAAAUUCGAGGAAAUCAACGCCCCGAACUUAUACGAGAAGCUGAAUGAGGAGCAAUCGUACGCCCAACAACCGAGAUAUCAAGUCAGCAAGCUACUCGAAAUCCUCUUGACACGCGAACUAGUCGCCCGGCUCAAGGCCAAUCCCAAAUUCGAUACGAAUCCCGUCAUUAUCAACCUCGUAAAUCCAGGCUUAUGCUUGAGCUCCCUCACCCGCGACGACGUCAAGCCUUCACUCUUUUUCCGAAUUGCGAAUAAACUUAUCGCGCGCACAACCGAACAGGGUGGUCGAUGUCUGGUGCUCGCUGCGUCUGCGCCGGAGGAUUCGCACGGAGAAUUUCAGAGUGAUGGAAAGAAUCAGGAUGUAGAGGCCUGGAUAUAUAAAGAUUUAGGCGAAAAGGUGCAGAAGAAGGUCUGGGAACAGACUGUGCCCAUUUUGGAGGCCAGAAAACCGGGCCUUCUGAGCGCCGUCGGGCUGUGA